AUGGAGCUGUACCGGGCCGAUCUCGAGUCCAAAUUCAUCGAAAAGGUCGAAUCUCUGCCCGAAGAUUGUGCCAUCUUUUUGUGCCACUACGGAGCCAGAAGCUUCUUCUACAAAAUAAUCCCGACAAGAGGAGAUGAUGACGACGACGAGAGGACGGGUAUCCGUGGGAACACGAUCUACUUCACGAAAACCAUCGGCGACAGGUACCUCUACGCGUACGACGUUCGAGAGCGGAGCGUGAGCGUCUCGCUGCCUUGUCCGAACGUGAAGCGUUUCUACGAUCCACCUGGAUGGAUCCUGCCUGCUGCUUCGCUCUCUUCGUACAAAGAAGAAACGACUUCGUCCUCAUCCCCAUCAGACGAAGAAGAAAACUUUCCAGUUCGUCCCAGUAACUUGAAGUACCGUUGUUGUUAUCAUAAGAAGUUCAAGCACCAUCAACACGGGUUCCCAAUCCUCAUACACAAAGGACAAGAUGCCGAGAGACUCAACCUGAUCGACCCAACGACGACCAACUCGGUCGGCACAUUGGCCCUACCCGGUUCGACCCUAACCGGUGCGGUCAUCCGCUGCUCGAACCACGGGUGGUUGCUUAUGACGCAAGGAAGCUUCGGCGGGGAAAUCUUCUUCUUCAACCCGUUCACCAAAGAGAAGAUUGUUCUCCCCGGUCUAGGCAUCUACGAGUUCGAGGGGAUCACAUUCUCCUCCCCUCCGACGUCAUCCGACUGCACGGUCUUCGGCUACUCGGUUUCCUCCCACGCCGUCUCCGUCACGUUCAUUCGCCGUGGACAGCGUCGAUGGACCGACUCCAUGGUGGAGAGAAAAACCGGAGUCCUAAGAAACUCCCUCAGCAAUCCGGUCUACCACCAAGGAAAGUUCUAUUUCAUGGGGACGAAUGGGAACUUGUGCAUUCACGACCCGAAAGAGAGGGAGACCAAGCUCAUGGACCUUCCAAAGAAGCCAUGUGGCUCGGUUCGACGGACCCAUUUGCUCGUGUCUCGGGGGAGGCUCGUGGCCGUGUUCGUGGGCUACAUGGGGCGGUUCGUUCGUGUGUUCGAGCUCUAUCGAGGAGCCAUGGUGUGGAAGGAAGUUCGCGAUCUGGGGGAGGUUACGUUGUUUCUGAGCUCCACUUCUUCUCUGGCUGUUGCGACGAGAAGAAGUGGUGGGAAUGGAGCAACUGCAAGGAUGGGCGACCAACAGGUGUUUCUGGAUAAGGUGGUUGGUGGGAAGAGGAGUGAUGAGGAGAUGUUGAUCUAUUCUCUUGCGACGAAGAGGUUUCAUACUCUCUCUCGAGGAUACGAGAGCGAUGACUGGUGCGACACGAAAGAAUAUACGAAUUCCGCGUGGAUUGAACCGAAUUUCGAGACGCACACGAAGGAGGAGCUACGGUGGUUUGAUCCGGCGGUUCGAGUCGAAGAGACGGCGGCAUGCCCGCGUCCGAAGUCUGAUCAAUGGUAUAAGCAGUGUGUAGCAGUGGAGUGA